AUGGCUUUUCCUCGCCGCCAUUCCAUGAAAACGAAGAACCUGACCUGCCUUCUGGUGGGUGUGAAUUUCUUGGUCCUGUAUCUGUGGUUCCUCCAAGCCCCCAGGUCCCAGCAGGAAAGGAUGUGGGCUGGCUCCUCGCAAGCUGACCGUGUGACCCCUGAUGCCGCACCGCGGUCCAGCCCAGGGCCCCGGUGCGUGGCCAACACCUCGGCAAACGGCACGGCCGACUUCGAGCAGCUGCCCGCGCGCAUCCAAGACUUCCUGCGCUACCGCCACUGCCGCCACUUCCCUCUGCUCUGGGACGCGCCGGCCAAGUGCGCGGGCAGCCACGGGGCCUUCCUGCUGCUGGCCGUCAAGUCGUCGCCCGCCAACUACGAGCGGCGGGACCUCAUCCGCCGCACGUGGGGGCAGGAGCGCAGCUAUGCGGGGCGGCAGGUGCGCCGCCUCUUCCUCCUGGGCACCGCCGCGCCCGAGGACGCCGAGCGCGCCGAGCGGCUGGAGGCGCUGGUGGCGCUGGAGGCGCGCGAGCACGGCGACGUGCUGCAGUGGGCCUUCGCCGACACCUUCCUCAACCUCACGCUCAAGCACGUGCACCUGCUCGACUGGCUGGAGGCCCGCUGCUCGCGCGUGCACUUCCUGCUCAGCGGUGACGACGACGUCUUCGUGCACACUGCAAACGUGGUCCGUUUCCUGGAGGGGCAGCCGCCCAACCGCCACCUCUUCGUCGGGCAGCUCAUGAGCGGCUCGGUGCCCAUCCGCGACAGCGGGAGCAAGUACUUCGUGCCCCCGCAGCUCUUUGCCGGACCAGCUUACCCCACGUACUGCAGCGGCGGCGGCUUCCUCAUGUCCAGUCGUACCAUCCAGGCCGUGCGCAAGGCCGCCCGCCUGACCCCGCUCUUCCCCAUCGACGACGCUUACAUGGGUAUGUGUCUGGAUCGUGCUGGCCUGGAGCCCAGCGGCCACGAGGGCAUCCGGCCGUUCGGUGUGCAGCUGCCCGGAGCCAGGCAGCCCUCCUUCGACCCCUGUGUGUACCGCGAACUGCUGCUCGUGCACCGCUUCGCGCCGUAUGAGAUGCUUCUCAUGUGGAAGGCGCUGCAUGACCCCGGGCUGACCUGUGACCGGCGGCGCAGGGUCUCCUGA